UGAAAAUCAACUUCAGUUUUCAGUUAGUUGAAUCGUGUGCUUCGCAGUUUAAACUUAGCGGUUGAUCCGUUCGCGGUUUUACUACAGGUUUUGCUGCUUGACAUCCCCAUUCUGCGUGUUUGUGAUAAAUACUUUAUCUAAUUUGCAGUUUUUAUUAACGCGAAAGUAUAUACGGUCAAUAAUUGUUUAAAUAAUGUGCUGAGAAUAGCGGACAAUUUAACGAGGUUGUUUCUACUCGCUUCUGUAGUCCAUAGUGCAAAUAGUUACUGGUUUUUGUCACCGGUUCUCUAGAAGAUGAAACUACUCAACAUCAUGCCGACCAAGCCGAAAAACAAGGCCAAGAAUACGCACAAUUCGAAGGAAUCCCUUGACAUAGAAGUGGGUUCGAUUCACGAAGAACUGGAAGUACCCGUGGCUUCCGAGUUGGUCUUCCGCAAAAUCUGGAAAAUCAAACGGUUUCACCAUACAAUUAAGAAACGGGAUCUGCUUGAUAGCCCGGAAUUUCGGUGCUCAGUCAAUGGCAUGACUACAUUUUGGAAUAUUUCCGUACGAUUUUGGAAAGGUGCAAAUGGCAAGAAAGUAACCAACCCUUUAGUUAUCUGCUUGAAUCUAACUGGAUCCGAAACGGAAGAAACUGGACAGGCGAGAGUCCGGUUCCAGUUUGGUGUCUGGAACGCGCAUAUUAAGCAUUGGGAAUGCUGCCCUAUUUCCAGUGUGGUUCUCAACUUGCAAAACACCAAAGAGCUCUUAUCCGUCGGUUACAAGAGCUUAGGAGUUAUGGAAAGGCACAUAGAUCCAGACAAAGACGUGAAAAUAAUGGUGAAAAUCCAAAUCAUCCAAAGCGACGAAGAGGUGCACAGCCUGUCGCAAGACAUGGCGCGACUGAUGGUGAAUGAAGAGAGCAAAGACACACUCAUCGAGUGCUACUGUGAUUCAGAAAACAAGGACUGCGAAAAAACGCCCUUGAUAGUGCAUAGCUGGAUAAUCCGGACAAGGAGCGACAAGUUAGCCACAAGAAUGGAAGAGCAGAGUGAUGGUAAAAAUAAGGGCAUGAAAUAUCUCCUGUGUCUCCCAGAAUAUUCUUACGGUGUGGUGAAUGAACUUGUCCGGUAUAUUUACACGGACAAGGUGGACUGUGCCGAUAAAUACGCUGCUAAACUCCUGCCAAUUAGCAUCGUUUAUCACCUGCAAGGUCUGAAGGGCCUUUGCGAAAGGCAUUUGAUAGAAAGUCUGACGCCCGCCAAUGUGGCAAACAUUCUUUUACUAGCCGACCAAUGCCGAUGUGAAAAUCUCAGAAAAGCCGCGUUACACUAUUGCGAAGGUUCUGAUGAAAUAAAAGGAAACGUUCACAUGGCUGGCAAAACACUGGCGUGGAGAGUGAUGGAAAUGGUUAAUCCUGAUCUUUUCAUGGAAGCUUGCGAAAGUAUAGGAAGCUCAUCUAGCAAUUUAGACAGCCCGGGAACCCCAGGAGGGUCCUGGAGUGAUUAAGCUGAAAACCCGUAUUAUUAGUCUUAAGGUUCCAGUAAAGUACAAAUAUUUUUUUUAUUUCAAUACCAGUUAAGUUACUUGACAGAUUAUAUUGAACUCACUGAAAUGUUCACAUGGCCGAAUCUCUCUUGGGGUCACUUGUGUCUACCUCACAUCAGGAAUGCCAGAAUCAUAGAGAAAAUUUUAAACUGUAAACCAACUUAGGAAAUCCCUAGUUGCUAACCGUUGUCGUAAGCGUAGUGUAUUUUUGACUCGAUAAAUGUUAUGUUUAUGCAACGUA